ACUUUUUAUCCAUUUACUUGAUUGCAUUAAUCGUGUUGUGAGGAGGAUUGGAAAAGAGAGAAUUUCCUGAGACGAGAAGGGUGUCGACUCUCGAGUGAGAGAGAGAGAGCGAAAGGAAAAACGCUUGGUUUUCAAGGCAAAAGGCAAAAGCUCCAAAGCGGCUGUGCCAUUACUGUCAUCAACCAAACUCCCCCUUCUCCGAACACAAACAUUGGUAUAAUUUUGUGAUCAGAAGUCGGAGAUCUGACUCAAAAAGAGAGGGGAAUAAUGGUGGGAGGCGUCCAAUUGGGCGUCUUAGCGGCCUGCGUGGUGCUGUUCGUGCCCAUGGGGAUGGCCGGUUGGCACCUCAGCCGCAACAAAAUGCUAUUCUUCAGCGGCGCACUCUUCAUCACCCUCGCCGUUGGCGUCCACCUCACCCCUUACUUCCCCUCCAUUUAUGACGCCCUUUCAUCACUCUCUUCUUCCGUCGAUCGCACCAGCAGUAGAGAUUCCUGUAUUUCAUUUCUUCACGACAUCUCCUUCCUCCACAAAAGCGAUAACUAUUCUUCUGUGGACUACGCUUGGGCCAAUUCCCCCCCAGUGCUCGCCUGCGACUUCCAGCGGCUCGGCCGCUCGGAUGCUUCGGAUUUGCUCAAUGGUUCGUGGGUUGUGGUUGCCGGAGACUCCCAGGAGCGGCUGAUGGCCCUGUCGCUGCUCAGUUUGGUUUUGGAUUCAGAUGAUAUGGAGGUGGUUAAGGGAGAUCUGUUCAAACGGCACAGCGAUUAUCGGAUUGUGAUGGGCCAGAUUGGGAUGAAAUUGGAUUUCAUUUGGGCGCCUUAUGUCGCAAAUUUGACUGGAUUGAUGACGGAGUUGAAGCGGAAUGGAAAUUACCCGGAUGUUUUGGUGAUGGGUUCGGGGUUGUGGCACAUGCUUCACAUCACCAACUCAUCAGAUUAUGGGGUUUCGCUGCAAUUACUGAGGAAUCUGGUGGUCUCUCUGGCGCCAAUCUCCCCCUCCCUAACAGGAGGGUCAGGUUCGGUGUCUAUAAGGUCGCCUCACUUCUUUUGGGUGGGCAUGCCAAGGCUGAUAAACUCAAUGUUAAAUACAGAAGAGAAGAGGGUGAAGAUGAGUGAUGCUAUGCUGUCUGCUUAUGAUACAGAGCUUUACCAAAGUAAGCUAUUGCGCCAAUGGGGAGGAGGGCCCUUGAUAUUACUGGAUGUUGAAUCAUUGGGUAGGAAUUGCGGCACAUCUUGUACUGUAGAUGGAAUGCAUUAUGAUGGGAUUGUUUAUGAAGCUGCUGUCCAUGUCAUGCUAAAUGCAUUGCUUAUUGAAUCUCAUCAGAAGCUUUGAAGGAAUCCAAAUAACUUCAAUGUUUAACUGAAUCCCACCGCCCAUGAAACUGGCUGAAUGAGUCCCCACCGUACUAAAUAGCUUUUUGGCUUUUGCAAGAGGUCGAAUUCUUCCCUCUUAUAUAUAGCAUCCUUGACUUCCGCCAGGUUUUUUCCUGGGUUUCUAGGAACAAGUUACAGGGAGAAUGAUUGGGUAUGCUAAGGAAAAGGAGGGGCUAUACUAUCUUGAAACAAUUAGUGGCAGAAGUAACCAUCUUUCUUCAACUUAUUUUUCAGAAAAGUUCAGUCAAUGGAGCUCGGAUUUGGCUACACCAUCUUUGGUUGGGACAUCCUUCAUUUUCUGUGUUAAAAAGAAUGUUUGCUUUGUUAUUUCAAGGAAUAGAUAUUAAUGAUUUUCAUUGUGAUGUUUGCCAAUUAUCUAAACACCAUCGUGUCUCUUUUCCUUUAUACAAUACAAAGUCUUCUACUCCAUUUUGCUUAA